CGAAAUUCCUGGCGGGCGGGGGGAGGAGGAGGAGGAGGUGGUGGAGGAGGGCGGCUCGGAGCCACGGCCGCUCGCCCCUGGCAGGGACCCUGCGUGCUGUGGCGGCGGCCGGCGCGGAGCCAGACCCCCGGGGGGCGCCGUGCGGGCGGGCUGAGGGCCACUCGCCGCCUCCUCGGACGCUCGCAGCACCGGGAGCCGCGCCGUCCCCGGGACUCCCUCCCCGGGCGGAGAGGGGGAGAAUGACGGAGCUCCAGUCCGCCCUGUUACUGCGGAGACAACUGGCAGAGCUCAACAAAAAUCCAGUGGAAGGCUUUUCAGCGGGCUUAAUAGAUGACAAUGAUCUUUAUCGAUGGGAAGUCCUUAUUAUUGGUCCUCCAGAUACACUAUAUGAAGGUGGUGUUUUCAAGGCUCAUCUUACUUUUCCAAAAGACUAUCCACUGAGGCCACCAAAAAUGAAGUUCAUCACAGAAAUCUGGCAUCCGAAUGUUGACAAGAAUGGUGAUGUCUGCAUUUCAAUUCUUCAUGAGCCUGGAGAAGACAAAUAUGGCUAUGAAAAACCUGAGGAACGCUGGCUUCCUAUUCACACAGUGGAAACUAUAAUGAUUAGUGUAAUUUCUAUGCUGGCAGAUCCCAAUGGUGAUUCUCCUGCUAAUGUUGAUGCAGCGAAAGAAUGGAGAGAAGACAGAAAUGGAGAAUUUAAAAGAAAAGUUGCCCGCUGUGUAAGAAAAAGCCAAGAAACUGCUUUUGAGUGACACUUAUUCAGCAGCUAGUAGCUUCACUUUUUCAGGGUCUCCAAUUGAGAAACAUGGCACUGUUUUUUUCCUGCACUCUACCCACCUAUUGCUGGACUUCUGUUGUUACGAGUUGGCAAACACUGGCUGGAACUGGGCUGCAAUAAAACAUGCCAGUUAUCAAUGCUGACAAGAGCCUAACAAGUGCCAACACAAGAUGAUUACGCAUUUUGAAAUCUAAUGAACUGCUUUAACCUUCAGGAAGAAUUGUAAAGAUGUGUACAUAGCACAACAUGAUCCGGAUAAUAUAUAUACUGUUCAUGUACAUCCACAAAUACACAUUGUACCAAAUAAUGCUGUCUGUAGUUAGGAAUAGAAUCGUGUAAAUUCUAAAGAUUUUAGCAGGUUUUUCUUUCCCUACUCAUUGUUUCCUAUCAGUUUAAAAAAAUCGAAACAACAAACAACAACUUGUGAAGCAUGUCAGACUAAAACCAAUUAGGAUUAAAGUCUUUUUUCCACUUUAAUUUUCCUUUGACCCACUGAGGCUUAAUUAAAAUCUCUUGCUUAUUGAAGUUUAGUAUCUCUUUUGUUUUUUGGAAAUGUGCUCCCUUUUAUUCCCUCAUCAGAACUUAAAAUUUUCCUAAUUAAACCUGAAGGGAUUUGCUAUCAAUUACUUGUGUCUUCUUUUAUGAUGACCUUUGUAGUCUCAAAGGUGCUCUUUUUUCCUUCAACCCUCUUUUUUUAAAAAAACAAAACAAAACAAAAACAAAAAACCCAAUUGCACAUGCUUCUUGAAUUGGGUAUAGCAAUAAAACUGGCCAUGGAGCACCCUUGAGCAGCCUGCUGGGUUUUUCCCUUCCAAGGGACUUAAGUGUUUUCAUUUGGAAGUUGAAUUGACUAAGUUAGUCCAAGAUGGGAUGAGCUGCUUUUUUUUAAUGGGUGACUUUUUUUUUUUUUUUGCCUUUUGCAUUGCCUGUUUGUGGGGUGGGGUGUGUGAGGGAGACUUGUUUUAUCUCAAGGUUGAAUUCAAGCAUGCGCAUCUGUAGGCUUUCAAAUGACUAACUUCUGGGUUUGGUAUCAAAAAUAGUUUUCUCCUUAUCCCUUUUCUCUCUUCUGUGGCCCUUCAUAUUCUUUGCCUUCUACUUCAGAGUUUCCUCACCUAAUGUACAAAGAAAAUUGCGAUGUAUAUUUUCAUGUAAUUUGAUUUUUUGGAAUUCUGUCACCUUCUGUAGUGAGUUCUUCCAAAAUAUAAUUUUUUCCAAU